CGGUAUUUCUUUCUGUACUCGGGUAAUUACUCUGUGCCUAUUCGUAUGUAUUUGUUGCAGCAGGUUAACAUGAUGCUUGGUACUUUGUCUUGGCGCAGAGCCUCACCCCCUCUCCUCAUACCUAGUUCAUCUGUAGGGAACAGACCUCCCUCUAGCCCCGUCCAAAUCCCAAUGUUCCCGCCCAUCACGCAUACUCUUGAACAUCGUUUGCGAGUGCCACACCAUCCAUCCCAUCCAUAGAAAUAAGUCAAGUCAGUCAAUCGACAGGAAGCUUGUCCCCACCACGUAGCUAGCUAGCUGGUUUAGCGCGCCUUGCAUCUAAUUUUGUUGGCGUCGCAAAUAAACCUCCUCGCAUGUGGAAGGUUAGCCUACCUAGAAUGCAUCUCAUUCCGUACCA